GUGUAUCUUGCAGAUGGCGGAGCCGGACAGCGUUAGCUGCGGUUAGCUAAUACUGGGUUUAUGUGUUAAUGGAAAGUAUUUAAUUAUAUCCAUUUUCAGAGCGUUUCAUUUAAACAGCUCUUUUAUUAUGUUUCAUUUUUACAUGAAAUUGUAAACCUAUUUAAUGCGUGACUUUUGUACAGUAUUUAUUUGGAACCCUGUAGCCGGUUAGCAUCUUUGUUGGAAGUUUAGGCCUACUGUGCCAGCGCUCGUCGAUUUUAACAAUAGCUGCGAUACGCUCCCCUCCUCUCCCUGUUUUGUUACAUUCUCAAGAAUUAUCUUUUAAACAAACAAAGAAAGACAUGGGAUAUAAACCGGUUUGGGUGUCUUUUUGCAAGUGAGACAUUUGUUAUGUUGACGGACUUUUUACUGGACUGGAACUGAAGACAUUUUUCGAGCUAGAUUGAGGAAAAAAAUAGUAGCCACAAAGGAAGAUGUCCAACGGCGCUGCAGGAAGCGGGGCUCUGGCUUGGAUGGAGGCUGCAAAUGGCAGAGGGGAUGCUGGAAAGAUGGAAGGGGCCAAGAAAGACAAGUCGAGCUCCAAGUUAUCUGUGGAGCGAGUGUACCAAAAGAAGACCCAGCUCGAGCACAUCCUCCUCCGUCCAGACACGUACAUUGGCUCUGUUGAGCCAAUCACCCAGCAAAUGUGGGUUUUCGAUGAAGAAAUAGGAAUGAACCAGAGAGAUAUCACCUACGUUCCUGGACUGUACAAAAUCUUUGAUGAAAUCCUCGUCAACGCGGCAGACAACAAACAAAGGGACAAGAACAUGACUGCCAUCAAGAUCACCAUUGACCCUGAAUCAAACAUCAUUUCCAUUUGGAACAAUGGUAAAGGAAUUCCUGUUGUGGAGCAUAAGGAUGAGAAGAUGUACGUCCCAGCUCUCAUUUUCGGCCACCUGCUCACCUCCAGCAACUAUGACGAUGAGGAAAAGAAGGUCACAGGUGGAAGGAAUGGGUAUGGUGCUAAACUCUGCAAUAUCUUCAGCACCAAGUUCACAGUGGAAACUGCCUGUAAGGAGUACAGACACAGUUUCAAACAGACGUGGCAGAACAACAUGACCAAGACCUCUGAGCCCAAGAUCAAGUUCUUUGAUGGGGAUGACUUCACCUGCGUGACAUUCCAGCCAGACCUGGCCAAGUUUAAGAUGGAGAACCUGGACAAAGAUAUUGUAGCGCUUCUUACCCGCAGAGCAUAUGAUGUAGCUGGCUCCUGCAAGGGGGUUAAAGUGUCUCUGAACGGCAAAAAAUUACCUGUUAAUGGGUUCCGCAGCUAUGUAGAUCUGUAUGUGAAGGACAAACUAGAUGAGACGGGCGUGGCCCUGAAGGUGGUGCACGAAGCUGUGAACGAUCGGUGGGAGGUCUGCCUCACCAUGAGCGAGAAAGGAUUCCAGCAAAUCAGCUUUGUCAACAGCAUUGCCACCACAAAGGGUGGCAGGCAUAUUGACUACGUUGUGGACCAGAUUGUAGCCAAACUUAUUGAGGUGGUAAAAAAGAAGAACAAGGCAGGAGUGUCAGUCAAACCCUUCCAGGUGAAAAACCACAUCUGGGUGUUUGUGAAUGCGCUGAUUGAGAAUCCAUCCUUUGACUCCCAGACAAAGGAAAACAUGACACUCCAGACCAAGAGCUUUGGGUCUAAGUGCCUUCUGUCAGACAAGUUUGUUAGGGCUGCAACCAACUGUGGGAUUGUGGAGAGUAUACUCAACUGGGUGAAGUUCAAAGCUCAGACACAGCUGAAUAAGAAAUGUUCAUCUGUGAAACACAGCAAGAUCAAAGGCAUCCCUAAGCUAGAUGAUGCCAAUGACGCUGGUGGCAAGCACUCCUCUGAAUGCACACUUAUCCUCACUGAGGGAGACUCUGCAAAGUCUCUGGCUGUCUCUGGACUGGGAGUCAUUGGACGUGAUCGUUAUGGAGUGUUCCCACUGAGAGGCAAAAUCUUGAACGUGCGAGAGGCAACACACAAGCAGAUCAUGGAAAAUGCUGAGAUUAACAACAUCAUUAAGAUCGUUGGGCUCCAGUACAAGAAGAGUUACGAUGACCCGGAGUCACUGAGGAGCCUGCGCUACGGCAAGAUCAUGAUCAUGACUGAUCAGGAUCAAGACGGCUCCCAUAUCAAAGGUCUGCUCAUCAACUUCUUCCACCACAACUGGCCUUCCCUGCUGAAACACACAUUCUUGGAGGAGUUUAUUACACCUAUUGUCAAAGCUACUAAGAACAAACAGGAGCUGUCCUUCUAUAGCAUUCCAGAGUUUGACGAGUGGAAGAAACAUACAGAGAAUUAUAAAAGCUGGCAUAUAAAGUACUACAAAGGUUUGGGUACAAGUACAAGCAAAGAAGCAAAAGAGUACUUUGCUGACAUGGAGAAACACCGGAUCACAUUCAGAUACACUGGUGCUGAGGACGAUGCUGCCAUCACUCUGGCCUUCAGCAAGAAGAAGACAGACGAUAGGAAGGAGUGGCUCACUAACUUCAUGGAAGACAGACGUCAGAGAAGGAUGCACGGCCUACCAGAGCAAUACCUUUAUGGAACUCAUGCCAGGCACCUCUCCUACAAUGACUUCAUCAACAAAGAGCUGAUUUUGUUCUCCAAUUCUGACAAUGAGAGAUCUAUCCCAUCUUUAGUUGAUGGUUUAAAGCCAGGUCAGAGAAAAGUGUUGUUUACCUGCUUGAAGAGGAAUGACAAGAGGGAAGUGAAGGUAGCUCAGCUGGCUGGUUCAGUAGCAGAGAUGUCGGCCUACCAUCAUGGAGAGCAAGCGCUCAUGAUGACCAUAGUGAACUUGGCUCAGAACUUUGUGGGCAGCAACAAUGUGAACAUCCUUCAGCCUCUGGGUCAGUUUGGUACUCGCAUCAAUGGAGGCAAAGAUGCAGCCAGCCCUCGUUACAUCUUCACCAUGCUCAGUCCUCUUGCCAAGCUGUUGUUUCCAGCAGUGGACUCCAACCUACUCAAGUUUCUGUAUGAUGAUAACCAGAAGGUAGAGCCUGAAUGGUACAUUCCCAUCAUUCCAAUGGUGUUGGUGAACGGUGCUGAGGGCAUUGGGACAGGCUGGGCCUGCAAGAUCCCCAACUAUGACCCCCGAGAGAUUGUCAACAAUAUAUACAGAAUGCUCAACCACCAGGACCCACUGCCAAUGCUUCCAAGCUACAAAAACUUCAAAGGGGUUAUCCACGAACUGGGUCAGAACCAGUAUCUGGUCAGUGGAGAGGUGUCAGUCAUAGACAAAAACACCAUUGAGAUCACAGAGCUUCCUGUCCGGACUUGGACACAGGCCUACAAGGAGUCUGUGCUGGAGCCCAUGUUGCAAGGCACUGACAAGACACCAGCUCUCAUCAGUGAUUACAAGGAAUACCACACAGAUGCUACAGUAAAGUUUGUGGUUCGCAUGUCUGAGGAGAAAUUGGCCCAAGCGGAGGCAGCUGGUCUUCACAAAGUCUUCAAGUUGCAGUCCAGCCUCACCUGUAACUCCAUGGUGUUGUUUGACCACAUGGGUUGUCUGAAGAGGUACGACUCAGUCCAAGACAUCCUGAAGGAGUUCUUUGAGCUCCGCCUGCACUACUGCAAACUGAGGAAGGACUGGUUACUGGGCAGCCUGGGGGCCGAAGCCUCCAAACUAUCCAACCAAGCUCGUUUUGUGCUAGAGAAAAUCGAAGGAAAAAUUGUAAUUGAAAACAAGUCGAAGCGUGAACUCGUCCGCAUGCUUGUCCAGAAAGGCUUUGAAUCUGAUCCAGUGGCAGCCUGGGCCAAGGCUCAGGAAAAGUCUCAAGAAGAGGUUUCCCAGGACGGGAACGAGAGCGACAGUUCGUUGGACUCUGGGUCCACAUCAGGUCCAAAUUUCAACUAUAUCCUCAACAUGCCUUUGUGGUGCUUGACCAAAGAGAAGGUGGACGAACUGCUUAAACAGAGGGACCAAAAGAGAGGAGAGCUGAAUGACCUACAGAGGAAGUCUCCAGAGGACCUGUGGAAGGAAGACUUGGCGGUCUUCAUUGAGGAGCUGGACAAUGUGGAGGCCCAGGAGCGAGAGGAGCAGAGUUUAGGCAAGGCCAUCAAACUGGUGAAGGGUAAAGUGGGCAAACCUAAAGUGAAGAAGUUGAACCUGGAGGAGACUAUGCCUUCACCGUUUGGCCGAAGAGUGGAGCCUCCAACACAAGCAAUCAAAUCUGAUUCUUCCAAAAAACUGACCAAAAAGAAGAAGGGUGAGUCAGAUCCAGCGCUGAAAUUGGAGUUUGAUGACGACGGUUUGGGUGGCGAGGGAGGAGGUGGAGAAAACUGUGUAGCCAAGCCGAAAGCUCCACGAGUGAAGAAAGAGAAGAAGGAGCCUGGAGCUCCUAAAGUGAGAAAACCUCCUGCACCUAAAGGUACAGGUACUCCUGCUAAAAAGGUGAAGAAAAGAAACCCCUGGUCUGAUGAUGAGUCCAGGUCAGACAGUGACCUGGAGGACAGUGAACCCGUCAUUCCCAGAGAGAACAAGUCCCAGAGAGCAUCAGCUUCCAAGCCAAAAUACACAUUUGAUUUCUCGGAGGAGGAGGACGAGGAGGAGGCAGAUGAAGAGGAGAAUGCAGAUGACGAGCCGCCUUCUUCUCCAGUGAGGUCGUUCAAAGAUGACUUUGUUUUUUCUGGAACUAAGGACCGCUAUAAUGACCAUAAUGAUGACGACGAAGAUGAUGACAACGAUGAGGCAUAUACAUCACCCAAACAAAAGGCUACUUCAGCACCUGCAGCUAAAAAGAAAGACACAGCAGGCAUCUUCUCAUCCAAGGCAGCUGCUUCUGAAAAGAGCAACGGCAGUGAUGGAGCCAAGUCUGACAGCGACAAUGACGACAGCCCAGUGUUCUCCACUUACUCCAGCAGCUCUGCGUUUGACAAAGUUUCACCAGCAAAGAAAGCAGCUAAGAAGCUGUCUGAUCCAGUUCCCAAACCUAAGAAACCACCAGCACCAAAAGCAAAGAAACCAGAUAAAUCCAUUUGGGAUUCUGACUCCGAUACUGGGUCCAAGAAGCCAGCACCAGCUCUUAAAGGUAAAGGCCGAGGGAGGAAGAGGAAGGACUCUGGCUCUGAAGACGAGUACAGUCCCAUGAAGAAAACGGCAAAACCUGCUGGGAAGAAGCCUCAGAAACCUCCAUCAGAUGACGAGGACGACAGCAACACCAUGAGUGGCCUGAGUGCUCUGACCCGUGACCGGCCCGGCCGUGCCAAAAAAGAAGUGAAGUACUUCAACGAGUCAGACAAUGAGGAAGAAGAUGACGACGACAUGUUUGAUUAAAGAAGCCCUCGGUCACACAAAUGCCACCUGUAUAGAAGUUUCCUCUUCCUCCUCCUUUGUCCCCACAGACUUUUGUACAUUUCCAGUUUCAUUUUCUUUUCAUUAAUGGUGAUGUUCAAUGAUUUUUAAUGUGUAGAUGUUUUACACUUUUUAUUAUUAUACAUAUACAGGUUUCUUUUUUAUGCUCAUUGAAAUGUUCUGUAUUUGUCUGAAGCAGCUUUUAGAAGUUUAGAAUGCAGUGCUUUAGCACAUUUUAAUUGUUGAAAUAAUAUGUACCUUUUGGAACAUGAAGUUGAAAGUAAAUGCUGAAAUGUCCCCGA